UAACAACACAACUACAGCCACAACUACAGCCACACCUUCUGUCAGUAACACAACAGGUAACAACACAACUACAGUCACACCUUCUGUCAGUAACACAACAGGUAACAACACAACUACAGCCACACUUUCUGUCAGUAAAACAACAGGUAACAACACAACUAUACCCACACCUUCUGUCGGUAACACAACAGCUAACAACACAACUACAGACUCACCUUUUGUCGGUAACAUAACAGCUAACAACACAAUUACAGCCACAACUACAACCACACCUUCUGUCAGUAACACAACAGGUAACAAAACAACUACAGCCACACCUUCUGUCAGUAACACACAAGGUAACAACGCAACUACAGCUACACCCUCUGUCAGUAACACAACAGUUAACAACACAACUACAGCCACACCUUCUGUCAGUAAAACAACAGGUAACAACACAACUGUACCCACACCUACUGUCGGUAACACAACAGGUAACAACACAAUUACAGACUCACCUUCUGUCGAUAACACAACAGGUAACAACACAACUAUAGCCACACCUUCUGUCAGUAAAACAACAGGUAACUACACAACAACAGCUACACCUUCUGUCAGUAAAACAACAGAUAACAACACAACUACAGCCACACCUUCUGUCAGUAAAACAACAGGUAACAACACAACUACAGCCACAACUACAGCCACACCUUUCGUCAGUAACACAACAGGUAACAACGCAACUACAGCCACACCUUCUGUCAGUAAAACAACAGGUAACAACACAACUAUACCCACACCUUCCGUCAGUAACACAACAGCUAACAACACAACUACAGACACGCCUUCUGGCGGUAACACAACAGCUAACAACACAACUACAGCCACACCUUCUGUCAGUAAAACAACAGGUAACAACACAACUAUACCCACACCUUCUGUUGGUAACACAACAGCUAACAACACAACUACAGACACACCUUCUGUCGGUAACACAACAGCUAACAACACAACUACAGACACACCCUCUGUCAGUAACACAACAGGUAACAACGCAACUACAGCCACACCUUCUGUCAGUAACACAACAGGUAACAACACAACUACAGCCACACCCUCUGUCAGUAACACAACAGGUAAUAACACAACUACAGCCACACCUUCUGUCAGUAACACAACAGGUAACAACACAACUACAGCCACACAUUCUGUCAGUAACACAACAGCUAACAAGACAACUACAGCCACACCUUCUGUCAGUAACACAACAGGUAACAAGACAAUUACAGCCACACCUUCUGUCAGUAACACAACAGAUAACAGAACUACAGCCACACCUUCUGUCAGUAACACACAAGGUAACAACGCAACUACAGCCACACCUUCUGUCAGUAACACAACAGAUAACAACACAACUACAGCCACAUAUUCUGCCAAUCACACAACACAGUACAACGAAACUAUAAUCACAACAGUAACAAACAGGACACUAUCCAGUAGUUUAGUUACAAGUAACCCAACGGUCACCCCAUUUAUACUAUCUCAAAAUAACAUAAGUGCAACUACACUUAGCAACAGUUAUACAGAAAUGUACAGUGCAACUAAGGUUGUCAACAAUUCCAGAGUAACUACAGCGACUGACAGUUACACAACAAUUAGCCCAUUUACAACAUCUCCCAGUUACACAUCAGCAACUACAGCCAGCAGCAGUUACACCACAGCACACAGUACAACUACAGCCAGCAGCAGUUACACCACAGCACACAGUACAACUACAGCUAGCAGCAGUUACACCACAGCACACAGUACAACUACAGCCAGCAGCAAUUACACCACAGCACACAGUACAACUACAUCUAACAGCAAUUACACACUAAAGAACGGUUUAACGGCUAUUAUUACUCCAGCUACUUUUUCCAACAACCAAACUGUGGGAGUCAGCACGACCCAUGCAACAACUGCAGAGACACAACAGAACCAGGCUACAAAUCACACAACAGUGAGUGUAGGUCAGUCGACUGCCAACAGCAUCCAAACAACCCAAGGACCAGCUGCCAGUUUAACAGCAGCAGCAACAACAACAACAACAACAACAACAACAACAACUGAAGAAUCCAGUGUUAUCACUCAAACUACCGAAACUCCUACAACUUCCACAACUACACAUGAUCAACCUCAGACUAACACAGCUACUGCAAAAGGUUCCUUGACUACUACAACAACUCUCAAAACCACCACCCUCAACAGCCCAAACACAAACGCCGCAGUGACCAGUGCUGGGAUUAAUUCCAUAACCACCACAGAGACGACGGAGGUGGAACAAGCCAACGAGUUAUUGAAUCAAACAAGCGAUGUGUCUAAGCUCAACUCCACUGAGGUGGAGCAGUUGGUGGGUAAGCUGGAGGAGCUUCUUGACGCCCCUUCGGUCUCUCAGGACCUGGGAAAAAAGGCCCUCAGCGUUAUCAGCAACCUUAUGGUCGGUGACUCGGCGGCACUGUCUUCAACGUCUAACAGGCUGAUCCAUAUGGUGGACGACCUGGGUCUCAAGAUGGCUGUCACCGAUAAGUUUGAGAUCUUCUCAACGGAAUCACUGGUUCUGGCAGUCAGGACAGUGGAUUGGACCAACUUUCCAACAACUUCUAUUAACAUCGUUAACACACAUAAUGUUGAGCUCCGUAACCUCAGCCAGUCUCGGCUCAAGAAGUCAGACUCUGCUAUGGGGUCGGUCUUCCUGCCCUCGUCCCUCACAGCCAGUCUCAGUCUGGAGGAGCAGCAGCAGGCCAGCAGAGUCCAGUUCACUUUCUACACCAAAAGUGUUUUUUUCCAGGAUGCCUCACUGAAUAACGAAAUUCUUGUCAGUCCAGUUCUGUCCUCCAGCGUGGCCAAUCUGUCAAUCAGCAACCUGACGGAAAACAUAGAGUUUACCAUCAAAAAUAGCAACCCUAUACAUGCAAACUACGUGGCCUGUGCAUUUUGGAACUUCAGCCAAAAUGGUGGUGACGGAGGCUGGAGCCAUGCAGGUUGCAGUGUUGUCAAUAACACUUCUGAAGAAACAACCUGCAGCUGCAACCACCUCACAGCCUUUGCUAUACUCCUGGAUGUGUCUAGACAAACUGAAAAAAUAGACCCUCUGCAGGUUCAGAUUCUUACUUUCAUCACCUACAUCGGCUGCGGAAUCUCUACUUUUUUUCUUGGUGUCACCUUGAUUACACAUCUUUUGUUUGAAAAACUGCUGCGGGAUAUUCCAGCCAAGAUCCUGGUCCAGCUCUGCCUGUCCCUCCUACUCCUCAAUGUGGUCUUCUUGCUGAACAGUUGGCUGGCGCUCUAUGAUGCUGUGGGUCUGUGUAUUAGCACUGCCUUCUUCCUGCACUACUUCCUUCUGUCAUCGUUCACUUGGGCAGGUCUUGAGGCGCUGCACAUGUACCUGAGCAUCAUCCGGGUUUUCACUCCAUACCUGGGCAGAUACAUGUUGAAAUUCUCGCUGAUGGGCUGGGGCAUUCCAUUUAUCGUGGUGACUGUUGUGAUAUCAGUGGACAAAAACAACUAUGGUCCGACUUCAUAUGGAAGAAACACAAAUGGCACUUCAAAUGACUUCUGCUGGAUCCGUAACGACAAAGCGUUCUACGUGGGUGUGGUGGGCUACUACCUCCUGAUCUUCGUCCUGUGCCUGCUGGUUUUCAUCACGGUCAUGGUCCAGCUGGCCCGGAUCAAGAGGCAGAACCCUCAUAACCAGUCCCCCAACAGGGGCGUGAUGAGCGAUCUGCGCAGCAUCUGUGGCCUCGUCAUCCUGCUCGGCCUUACCUGGGGGUUCGCCCUGUUCGCCUGGGGACCCCUCUACUUACCCUUUAUCUACUUUUUCACCAUACUGAACAGUCUGCAAGGUUUCCUUGUCUUUGUUUUCCACUGUGCUGUGAAGGAAAAUGUCCGCAGGCAGUGGAGAACUUAUCUUUGCUGUGGAAAGUUGCGACUUGCUGAAAACUCAGAGUGGAGUCGGAUGGCCACCCAGAACAACAAGAACACUCAGAUCACUCGACCAUCCACCUCAGAUUUUCAUUUCGCCUCCCGGAGCUCCUCUGUCGCCAGCGCUGGCACCAACGGCAGCGGCUCUGUGUUUGCGGACAGCGGGAUAUCUGAAGGCGCCAACAGCGAUGUUGUCCUCAACGAGAUUCACAGGAGAAAUCAGUUACAGCAAGGCGAUGCGUGACGACUGUGCCAAGCAUCCGUUUCUGAUUACAGUAAUUAUCUACUCCGAGAGAGUAGUCGGUCAGAUGUUGGUGAUCUCCUGCAGCUUGAGUAAACAAAGAAAGAAAAAAAAGAAAAAAGAACGUGACAGGAGCAGAUGUACAGAAGAUAUAAGCUUUAAAGGUGUAGUGAAGGACAAAGGAAGCACUAAGAGCACUUAGACGCAGAGUAAGACGGUAUCAUUAGCGGAGAUGUGUGUCUGACUGAAUUAAUUAUUUCACUAUUACAGCUGUGCCUCAGUGUUUGUGGAGAGCGCAUGUUUGAAAGUUAGUGCUGUAGCUGUAAAUAUGAUCAUGAUAUUAUUUUAACGUGAGAAUGUGAAUGAAAACAGAAAACUGCAUUUUAUUAAUCGCCCAGAACAGGCACAGUUAGCAUAGAGUCUAUUUUUAAGUAUUCUGGUAUAUAUAUAUUUUUAACAUAAAUGUAAUUCUCAGUGUUUUAUUCAGUACUGCACUAACCUUUAUUUUUUAUAUAUUUCAGUAGAGAGUUAACUUGACAAGUCUCAUCGUAGAUGUGACACAUAGUACUUUGUGAUGGGAUGGAUUCUCUACCUUUAAUAGGGUAAAGGUCAAUCAAUGCAAUAUUUGCGCAUGCCAAAUGCUCUGUCCUAGCGUGAUGCAGGUCACAAGCUGGAAUAAGUGGCGAACUGGAGCGCCAUCAAGACUGAAGAUUUAUUUCUGGGACAGAUUUUGCCGAGUGUCCUUGUACAAGAGCAUACACAACACCAUGAAAGAGAGGAUAAUAAAACUUCC